AUGGCUUUUAACGGGAACAUAACCCUUCCUGCGGGAGCCACCAGCCACGGCCAGCCUGACUUGCUCUGCUUACCGACGAAAUGGACAGACAUCGUCGUCUUUUUCAUGGGCAACUAUGUAGCUCAUGCUGCGACGAUCAGAUUAGAACCCAGCACCAGCAUCGUCAACACUGUCCUCGCAAUUGUCCUUGCUCUAUUGAUUCCCAUCUCCGGCGUCAAGAGGGGUAUCAAAGGUAUUAUGAGCUUUGCUAAGUUUGGGAAAACGGAUUUGCAGGUAGCAGCCCGAGCAGGGGCUCUGUGUCAAGUCAUCCAAACGGACAUGCAAGCUCGGUCGUUCAGAGAACAACUCUUAACAGCCUUCGACCAUGGCUCCAUCUUCGCCGGGAAAAUCCACAGCAGAUACCGCCUUCCAGACGGCUAUGGAUUUGCCACCGUACCCUGGAACUCGAAGUUCCAAAACGACGAUGCUCCAGCAGCGCAGCAAAUCACCCUCGCGGCGAACUACAACAUCGUCUCCAUCCUCGUUGCGCUGGCGCAACUGGCGUUUGCUGUCGCCACGAUAUACCGAAGUCGCGGAGACCAGAUCACUCAAUACGGGUACGCAGCGUUCGGGCUAACCGUCACGCAAUACGCCGCCAUGUCGCUGGUCAACCUGCUCGGCAACCUGGUCUGCCCGCAAUACACGUCCAUCUACCUGGUCCGCAGCACCGCCAUGACCGACGCAGAAGCCGAGCCGGGCGCGAACGCCUUUUUCGAAGGCGUAGUGGGAACACUGCUCGAGGAUGAAAUCCAAGCCGACGAAGCGGAACGCCGCGCGUCGGCGGCUCUCCUGCGGCCGCCGAAGUCGACGUGGGCGCGGAUAGGGAAUAUGCUCAACCUGCGGAAGAUUCAGACGCUUGAUCUGCUGCUGCUGCCGGUUUCAUGGAUGCCGACGGCCGUCUCGGUGGCGAUCAUCUACGGGCUGUCGCGGUUCGAGGAGGGCUCGAGCACGUUUGGGCAGAGGGCUGCGACGAUGGGGUGGCUUGCGAUGGGGAGUUGGGCGGGGGCCCUUGGUGGGUGGAGGGGUAAUCUGGAGAGGGAUAUGUCGCGGAGGAAGAUCUAUUCGGGAUAUCUGUUAGAGUUAGCCAUUUCGCUGGUUUCUUCUGUGCCUUCUGUUGCUGGGUAUAUAGUUGUUGCAGGGAUGCUGGAACAGUAUGGAAUUUGCUCGCACGUAUGA